UUGUUGUUACAGUUUGAAAGCUUUGCUAUCAAUGAGAAACAUGUACUGACUGAAUACGAAGAAAAGGAUUGGAAUGGUUCUUCUUCAAAAGCUGUCAAUGAACCUGUUAAUGAGGUGAGCCUCACGCAAGAUAAUUUUUGAAUUAUUGAAGAAAAUGAUAUGUUCGUGAUGUAAGAUAUAAAUAGUGAGUUUGAAGCUGGUUUUUUUGUUUUUUUGUUUUUUUGUUUUUUUUUUGUUAUUUUACCAUCAAUUGAAUGUAAUCUUUCAGGUUGAUCCAACUAAAAAUCUCACAUUCAAUCGGACGCUGACAAAUAAUGAGCACCAAGGUCGAUCUAAACUGAAACUUCCCAGGUCACAGUAAACCCUGUGUGUGAAGGAAAAGUGUUCUACCAACCUGACGAAGCAGAUGACUUUGAUGAAGAUGAUCCUGAUGAAGACUGA